UGCUGUUCCACUACAGAACGAUGGCAGAAGCAACGAACCCGGCGGCCACCUCAUUCCCGGCACCCACCAUAUCCCUGCCGCUGGGGCUGGAUGUCAUACGGACCUACUCAGGAGCUCUGAUCUGCAUGGAGAUAGCCUUUGGGGGUUUGGUUUGGAUUCUCGUGGCCUCCUCAAACGUCCCCGUGCCGAUCCUCCAGGGCUGGGUUAUGUUUGUGUCUGUCACUUUGUUCUGCUGUUCAUUGGCCUACCUCACUCUCUUCCUGCUCGGUCUCGCAGACCGUAUCAACACCGACUUGAACUUCUUGGAUAUGGUGUACCACUUUAUGGCCCUGCUCUUCUAUUUCUCUGCGUUUGUGCUGGAAGCAGCAGCAACGUCCGGAGUUCAUAAACACUACAUGAACAUGACAAUGUGCUUGUCCAAACCUGACACAAACAUCAUCACCUUUAUGGACUUCAGACAGUACAGUAUUAAUGUGGUUGCUACGAUAUUUGCUUUCUUUGUGACCGUAUGCUAUGGCUGCAGUAUGUUCAUGGGCUUUAAACGAUGGAGGAAGUGACAUUGAGAGUCACAGCAUCACAGCGACGCUCCCUGCAUCCUGAAAGAUGGAGACUCUAUUGAAGCUGAAGCUGAAUUGGAUCUACAAUAAGUCACAUUUUUCCAAAACAACAACUGGAAAACGAGGAAGACGAGGGAACGGAGAUGAAAUCUGAUCUGCAGCUAGAGCCAAAACCAGACAGACCAGUAAACCUGCAGUGACUUUAAUGGCAACAAAUUACUUUUUUAGUCGUUGGAGGAAAAUAUAUUCGAUUUUUAGUUUUUUACUCAGCGUUUAGUAAAUUUGGUGAGUCAGAAUUUAGUUCAAAACAAAUCCAGCCAAUAAACUAAAGUUUAGAAUUUUCUCACAUUUUUCCCAGUGGAGUAAGUUCAGUCUUCAAAUGAAUAGAUCCAUGAAAUGUUUACAAAUUAAAAUGGGAUUAUUUUUUGGGGGAUUUUUUCACCCCAGAGAAUCAAUAUUUUUUGUGUCAUUUUGUAUUAAUACACCUCACCAGGUGAGAGUACAGGUCAGUGGGCGUGGCUAGAACAUGUCAGGGCAUGGGGAAGUCCGUUCCCACACAGAAGGUUCUCUAAGGUUUAUAAGCGUCUCGUUAUAAGUCCCAGAGCUUAAAUUCUGCUCGUUCGCCAAGUACACGCAGCUGAUUAAUUUCACCGCUCAAGAUGUUCGACAGGAGCCAAAUAGGAAGCUUCUGUUUUUAUCAUUUGUUAGUGUCUAGCUCAUCUGGAAGCCAGUGUGGCUUUGGCAGUUCCGAUAAUCGUCUAAAGACACAAAACUGCACCACUCUCCAGACAUGAAAAUGAAAAAACUAGAAGGCUCCCCGACUCUGCCAGGUGUCACAGGCUAAGAUCGUAUCCAGCAUCCUGCUGUGACCGCAGUUCUAUUUUACAUCCAUUGGUUUUGGCUGGAGAUCUCCAUUCAGGCAGUAAGCCUCCACCAAAAUAAAGACUGGACCACCGUUAUGUAUGUCUUUGCAAAUCGUUCGGAACAGCCAAGAACAUCAGAGGCUUUUUGGGCCAGUGCUGAUUUAUACAGCAGGCUGGCACCGGGACACUCUCAGGAUAGCAGCAGUAAAUCUACAGGCCAGGUCUCCAUCAUUCAUCACCGCAGCAAACCAAGCACAAACCAAACAGAAGAGGAGCUGUAAAUCCUGACUACACGUCCAAACCACACUUUCUCAGAGCACUGGAACGUUUCUGAACUUCUCCUUGGAGAGCAGCACAUUCCAGCUUGGUGCAUGCAGAAAAGAGGAGAAUGACGAGAAUGAGCAUGAAGGCUUCUAGAGGUCAGGUGCAACAUUCCAUGUGCUGGUGUUAUUACGACAUGGCUUUCACAAAGGCCACCGUUACAAACUUCACGUAUCGUCUCUCCAUUUAAGAGCCGGAGCAGCAGCAAGCAGGAAGAUCAGUCCAAUUAUAAUAAUAACUCAAUGUCAUCAAUAAAAUAUAGAGAUUUACCAAGAAUUUUUUUUUUUCAAGCAGAUCACCAGUGCAGAUGUUUAAAAAAAUCUAGACAUAGAACAAAUAGAGUAUUUUAUUGUUCUUCUGUUGAACAAAGAGGACAAAGACGGUCCUGUUACACAUACAGUACAUAAGUCUGGUAAGAACAGACUGAAGAACAGUCCAGGAUUGAAAUCAAACAUCAGGAUGAUGGUCCAUGGUAGAAAGCAGAGCCCCAUGGUGAUGGAGCAGCAGGUCAGUACUUGCAGAAGGGGUUUAGGUUUAUCCUUUUGUGAAAGACUCCAUCAACAUCUGUCGGGUGCCAUUUGAAAUCAGGAGAACAUUUGCUUCAUAAAUUCAGCUGGUUUUUGUUUCUGUGGAAACAUCUGGAACUCCGUAUAGAGAAAACAAACAGCAUACAGUCCCAUGUUCCACACUGAAAAUCAGUCAACACUGUCAUCAGCUACGGUUAGAAGAAAAAUGGCAGAUGUUGAAGAUCUGCCACCUUUUGAACAUCUGGAUGUAACCCUUUUGAACAUCUGGAUGAGUUUUGGGUAGCAGCUUCUGUUACACAUGACUUUAUAUAUGUUGGAAUAUCAGGGUUCUUAUGUUGUGGGUUCUCCAUCAUCAUCAUCACCUUCUACAGUAAUUGAUCAUUAUCCAUCAGAUCAUCAUACAUGUUUGUGUCAUGUGUCUUAAAGUUCUGUGGAGCUUUAAACCCAACAUUAAAACAAAUUUCCAAACCUUCGUCUAAUGGACAGAUGUUCGUUGGUCUGAACAACAAAAACAAACAAACACGAGCAAAUAUGUUACAUGACCUGUUUUAGAAAUGGAUUCAAAACAGCUUUUCAGACUCACUUGGGCCAAUCAGACGUCAUGUGUUUUAUCAAUCAUCAAUCAAAUUUUAUUUAUUUAUUUUUUUUACACAAAUGGAUAACUUUACUAUAUGGAACCAGUCUGGAUGUGCAAGCAAAUGUCACACAAACGCUUUACACAACAACUCGAACAUCAAAUCCUUGUUCAAAAUGUAGACUGAAGUUUGGCAGCUGUUUAUUUUAACAAUUAGACACAAAAAAUAUAUUUUAGGGUCAAAACAUUUACCUCAUUUAUCGACCUGAUCAUAUGUCUAGCAGGAUUUCUUCACUUCUUCUUUCGUUCAGGUCAAAACACGUGAAAAUCUGUUCUGUUGUGUUAGUUUUUCCAUUUUUUUAAAACAUUUCUAAACAGACAUGGACAGAUGAAAGAUGGAUUAUGUAACAAAACCAUGAUGAAUAAAAGCUGUUGGGUUUUUAUUGAU